UACUCUUUACGACUCAGUCAAGAAACCACACAUUUUGUCAUCUAGGAGAUGCUGAAGGGUAAGGCAUCCUUAGGAAGGCAAAAGAUUGAGAUCAAGCCCAUCCAGAAUGAGGAAGCACGACAGGUAUGCUUCUCCAAGCGCCGUCAAGGCCUAUUCAAGAAGGCUAGUGAGCUCUCCAUCCUUUGUGGUGCCAUGAUCGGUGCCAUUGUAUUCUCAAAAUCUGGUAGGACCUACUCCUUUGGCCAUCCCUCCAUUGACGCUGUUAUUAACCGCUUCCUCACUUCAGACUCUCCCGAUAAUGGCCCUACAUCGGGUGGUGAGAACCAUGAUAGUGGUGACGUGACAGAAACUGUGCAUAGGUUGAAUGUGCAGUACAUGGAGUUGCAAGAGUUGGUGGAGACUGAGAAGAAGAGAAAGGAGAGGGUGCAAGAGGCAACUGAGAAGGAAAUGGGUGGACGCUUGAUGCGGUGGUUGAAUGCUAAGGUCUCCGAAUUGGGGCUAGAUGAGCUGCAAGAGUUCCGCAAGGAGCUGGAGGCAUUACAUGGUGUUGUCCUGGGCAAGGUCAAUCAGGUGCUUCUAGACGCAAGGCAAACUCCAAGGUCAUUGCCACAACCACCUGUGGACACAGCUUCAGCCAUGCAAUACCAGUUUGGUGAGCAGAGUGAUAUGCCUAUGGUUGUCACUGCUCCUAGUUCAAGCAACAGUUUUAUUGAUGGCUUUGAAGUCAACGAUCCAUUGCUUAGUGUUGUCCAUGCCUCAGGGAAUUUCACCAACAACCAAAAUUAUGGUUGA